AUGAAAGCACUUGAGGCGGAAAAUACUUCACACGGCGCGAUCUCUUCUUAUUUUUAUUGCUUUCGAAUCGAUGCUAUACACCUUCAUAAUAAAAUCGGAAAUACUUAUUUAUGUGCUGCUGUUCGCCUCAAAGCUCGUACAAAAAAAAGUCUUUGGAAUGGUAAUGUAAUUGAAGUUAAGAAUGUUGAUGUUUUUAAUGUUUUUCUUACACUUAAAAACAAUUCAGGGUUGGGAAUUGGAUUUAGUACUAGAAUUGUAAAAGGUCUAAAAGUGAGUACUAGAGUUAGUGUAACUUCUAAACCCUUAGUUUGUCACUUCAGAUAUCCAAAAUUAAGAAUUCAUGGAAUGAAAUAA